AUGAUCGUUGCAAAAGUACAUCCGAACAACAUACGUCGACGUUUCAUCAUUCAACUUGCAGUAUUGUGUAUUGACAUUCUUUCGUGGGACGAUAGCGAUGAUGCUGCGGGCAGUAAAGAUCCAUCCGAAUAUUCCGAGAAUUUGAAUUCAGUCCGAUUGAUCGUUGAGAUGAAACUUCGUCCACAAUUGUCCUUGCUUGUGCCACCGACCUAA